GUGGGGAUCAUGACUUGGGCAUUCCGCACAUAGCUACUUUAAAAUGGGUACGCCUUCUCAAUAUCAGUGUCGACGAGCAAUGGAGGCCUUGGAUGGUCAACGGACAAGUUGGAGGCGUCCCAGUGUUGAUGUUCCUGGUUUGGACUUGACCAACGAAUGAACACGGAUCCGAGUUGCGAACAUCUACAGCCACAGGGUAGGGUGGUAAGGUAGGAUUUCUGAGGCCUUAAGUUCACUGUAGAGUUCACAGACCAAUGGUAUGUUUGAGUAUGUUCAUGUGCUUGAUUUAAUCCCAUAAUCGUGGUGAAGAAAAGAGAAGAGGUGUUCGUUGUCCAGAGCUUCAGAAUCAUUUCACGAUUCAGCGACAGGGAUGCGAUUUCGGGCUGCGUCUCUCGCUCACAAGGCCUCAGCCCUUGCCGUUUUCUGCAAAACCGAUUCUCUAUUUCUCCAACCCACAGCUCUGAAUAAAAAUCAGUCGCGGGGGUAUGCUUCGUUGAGGGUUACAAUCGAUUCCAAGUUGCAACACGCGAGUGGAUUUUCUGGGGCAAGAAGAAAGGGCAAUUUUACCACUGUCUCCGCUGAAGCUAUCCUCGAAAACCCAACGAAUUUGGGCAGUCGAAUGUCGAAGAGAAAGAAAGCGCGUACUAUGACCCCGGAAUUGGAUUUUCGUGUGAAGCUUGAGCAGUGUUCGAAGAAUGGGGAUUUCGUUGAGGCUCUUCGCCUUUAUGAUGAGGCUAAGGCUAAUAAUGUGCAGUUUCAUGUGUAUCAUUACAAUGUGUUGCUUCAUUUAUGUUCUCCUAAAAAUGAUGAGGAUGAAGGGGGGAUUGCAAGGUUGGAUAAAGGGCUUGAGAUUUUUGAGCAAAUGAGUAUGGACAAGGUGGAGCCGAACGAGGCAACUUUCACGAAUGUUGCGAGAUUGGCAGCAGCCAAGAAGGACCCGGAAUUGGCUUUUAAUUUAGUUAAGCGAAUGAAGGAUCAUGGAAUUGUACCUAAGCUGAGAUCAUAUGGACCAGCAUUGUUUGGAUUUUGUGAGAAGGGGAUGUAUAAUGAGGCAUGUGAAGUGGAUGCGCACAUGUGCGAAAAUGGGGUAUGUGCUGAGGAGAGUGAGCUUUCUGCACUGCUGAGAGUUAGUUCUGAAUUUGAAAGAGAUGGAAAAGUGUAUGAGAUGAUACAUAGGUUGAGGGCAACGGUGCGGCAGGUUUCAAAGGAGACUGCAACUGUUGUAGAGGACUGGUUUAGGUCAAAGAAGGCAACUGAAGUUGGGUCUGAGAGAUGGGAUUUGGAGAAGGUGAAGAAGGGUGUUUUGGAGGGAGGGGGUGGAUGGCAUGGCCAGGGAUGGUUGGGUAAAGGAGAGUGGAAUGUAGUGAGGACGGGGAUGGAUGAGACUGGCGUGUGCCAGUCAUGUGGGGAGAAGCUUGUUUGCAUAGAUAUUGAUCCGAAGGAGACGGAGAACUUUGCAGAUUCACUCGCGAAAUUGGCCUUGGAUAAAGAAGUUAAAACCAAUUUUGCUAAAUUCCAGGACUGGCUUAAGAAACAUGGUCCAUUUGAUGCCGUGGUUGAUGGAGCUAAUCUGGGUCUUGUUCAUAAACGUGAAAUCAAUUUCCCUCAGAUCAAUAAAAUUGUGAACCAAAUGCGUGAACUCAGUCAAUCAAAGAGAAUGCCUCUUGUUAUUCUUCACACGAUUAGAGUAAGAGGUCGUGCUGCUCAACAUCCUAAAAUCCAGAAAUUGUUGAAUAACUGGAGAAAAGCUUGUGCACUUUAUGCAACACCUCAUGGAUCAAAUGAUGAUUGGUAUUGGUUAUAUGCUGCUGUUAGUUCAAAAUGCUUACUGGUGACAAAUGAUGAGAUGAGGGAUCAUUUGUUCAGUCUUUUAGGAAAUAGCUUCUUUCCUAGAUGGAAAGAGAGGCAUCAGGUUCGUGUGAAGGCAUCCAUCGAUGGACUCGAGCUUCUCAUGCCUCCACCUUAUUCAAAUGUCAUCCAGGAGUCCGAAACAGGUAGUUGGCACGUACCAAUUGUUACCGAAGAUGAUGAUGAAUCCCCCCAACAGUGGAUCUGCGCUUCAAGAAACAGGUAGCCGGAACUCUGCAAAAGUUUCGGGCGAUGAAUAUCAUGCAGACAGUCGACAUAGGAGAAAACCCUCCAGAGAGUAGGUGCAAGAGUCUAGCUUUAAAGCCGCGAGCCGCAAAGUAAGUGUACCCUACCCCUACCCCUACCCUGUGUUUUGUUCGAGUAAUGUGGGCAAUGUUUUCUCCUCCAUGGACUUUCUUUUACCCAUUACAGUCGAAUGUUGCAUUUUUUUCCCCUCUAACUUUAUUGUACUCUUAGCUUGAUUGGAUAAUACUUUUACUUUAGGUUUCUGUACAACAUUGUUGCUUUGUUAAUGAAAUACACUGAGGAAGAAACUUCCAUAGUGAAGCCA